GUCGUGGAGGCAUAAACCCUUUUACUUACUUCUCCGGCGAUCAAAAAUCUUGACGACGAGAGACGAAGAAGAAGAUGGCCACAUCUUUAUCCAAACUCCUAACCAGAUCCAAAGCUCACAGCCAAAUCUACUCUACCUCUCAUUCCCUUCAGAGACAGUUCUCCGCCGUCGCCGACUCUUCCUUCUCUACCACCGCCGCGCUUGGAAGCCAAACAGCUUCCCCAGCUCCACCGCAAGAUAAGAAACGAGGGUCGAAAUGGACACAACUGCUGUUGUUCUUGCCUGGAGCGAUUACCUUCGGUCUCGGGUCAUGGCAAAUCGUCAGAAGGGAGGAAAAGAUCAAAACACUGGAGUACCAACAACAACGGUUGAAAAUGGAACCAAUGAAGCUAAACGCAGACCAUCCUCCUGAUAAGAAUCUUGAGGACUUGGAGUUUAGACGGGUUAGUUGCAAAGGCGUGUUUGACGAGCAAAAGUCUAUCUAUUUGGGUCCACGGUCUAGGUCCAUAUCUGGAGUCACUGAAAAUGGAUACUAUGUCAUCACACCUUUAUUGCCAAUCCCUGGUGACCUAGAUAGCAUGCAGUCGCCUAUUCUGGUGAAUCGCGGAUGGGUUCCUCGUAGUUGGAGAGACAAGUCACAAGAAUCUACAGAGUCUGACUCCGUUACAAAUGAGUCACCAACAGCUAAAUCACUCCCCAGUGAACACAAUUCCUGGUGGAAAUUUUGGUCUAAGACGCCAGUGAUUCCUAAGGAUGAGCAUGUUUCUGCGGUUAAGCCUGUAGAAGUUGUUGGUGUGAUAAGGGGAGGAGAGAACCCGAGCAUAUUUGUUCCAGCCAAUGAUCCAAGUACAGGGCAGUGGUUCUACGUAGACGUUCCUGCAAUGGCUCGUGCCAUAGGUCUUCCUGAAGACACAAUUUACGUAGAGGACGUUCAUGAGGACAUAGAUCGGAGUAGACCGUAUCCUGUCCCGAAAGACAUCAACACUUUGAUCCGUAGUAAAGUCAUGCCACAGGACCAUCUCAACUACUGUAUAACAUGGUACUCUCUCUCAGCGGCUGUCACUUUCAUGGCUUAUAAGAGGAUCAAGCCAAAGUCUGUCCGAAGAUAAGCUUUCUUUGAUCAAAUCAAGCCAACAUUCUUUUGUCACAUCGAAAUAAUAAGAAAAGGUCAUGAAAUUGUGAUAGGUUUUCGUAGUUUUUUCUUCUUCUGUGAUGGGAAGAAAGGUCGAACUAGAAGCCAUCAGCAAAACUUUGUGUUGAAUCUUUGUAUUACUAAAUUAAAAAAAAAAAUCAUUUGCUUGAAGUUAAAAAAUUGCGGUUUACUAGUGUUUCUUUGCUUAUAUAUAUACUUUGUCUUGGGAAGACUA